AUGCAUGACAGUGCCGUCGAUGACGACGGCGAAGAUGAUAAUGAAUGGGGUCAUCACGAAGACCAAGCCGCGGAUGCGGCGCAAAGAGAUGAUGAUGAAUAUGAUGAGGGUGAUGAGGCGCCUUCCCUCCGACGGCCGCGGACUGUGAAAAAGAAAGGCAAGACGCCGCCCCCGCUUCCCCUGCGCCACACGAGGGGCAGCGAGGUGACCAGGCCGGUGAAGCACGACACCUGGGACAACGAGACUGAGGUGGAGAGCGACUUUGAUCAGGACGACGAGGAGGCGCAGGAAUUUUUUGAGGUGGAGGAAGAGAGGGAACCUCCACCGCCACAUAGAAAAAAGAGGACCGGCAAACCUGUCCGGGCACAGCGGCAAAGGACGCGACGAUGA